AUCGAAGGGGAAGAAGAUCAAGACACACCUCUGCUUCUACGACAUACACGGAAGAAUUCCAAGGUCGGAUAAUCAGUAUAUGUAUAUCUUCAUAGAUAGAAAUACACAGACAUACGGAAUAAGGCCAUAAGGGUAGUGUGAUAUGGGUUGCUCCUCUUCGGUUCCAGUUGGUACUGCUGGGUGAUUCUGGUGUUGGAAAAAGCUGCAUUGUUCUACGUUUUGUUCGUGGUCAAUUUGAUCCAACAUCAAAGGUUAUUGUUGGGGCUUCCUUUCUAUCGCAGACGAUAGCCCUGCAAGAUUUGACUACAGUUAAGUUUGAGAUUUGGGAUUCUGCUGGUCAGGAAAGGUAUGCAGCGCUAGCUCCACUUUACUACAGGGGUGCUGCUGUUGCAGUUGUUGUAUAUGACAUCACAAAUCCGGAUUCAUUCAACAAAGCACAAUAUUGGGUCUAGGAAUUGCAGAAGCAUGGAAGCCCAGAUAUAAUCUUGGCCCUUGUGGGGAACAAAGCCGAUCUCAAUGAAAAACGAGAAGUAUCUGUUGAAGAUGGAAAGGAGUAUGCUGAAAAGAAUCAAAUGUUCUUCAUAGAAACCUCUGCUAAGACAGCAGACAAUAUAAACCAGUUGUUCGAGGAGAUUGCGAAGAGGCUGCCACGACCAUCUGUUUCUUGAUUGUCAAGCACGGGGAAGGCAGCGAUUCGAUAUAGAUAUAUGCCUGUACUCUAUUAUUAUGUAAAUAAAAAAAGGAAAAAAAAUGGUAUCCAGGUUCUUCUUGGGAGAUUUAUCUAAUUAUGCAUGGCUGCUCCUCAUUUCUGUCAUUUCUGAAGUGAAAGUUGUACUCCUCUUUAAGUGUGCUCAUUAUUUUGGAUGCCCAACUGUUACAACAAUAUGUAAGUUUUGGGCACUUCUUAUUUAUUUUUGUUUGAGUGAUAUUCUCUAAUCAGAUUUACUCUUAUUUUUCUUUGCAAGUCAUUUUGUUGGGCGUUCUUGCUGGUAUGAUAUCUGUCCCUAAACCCUAAACCCUAAAUUGGGUCCUGGGAUGUUCCUGCCUAGGCGCUCUUAUCGCACCUGCUCCUACCCCUCUCGCGCAUGGACAUGUGCUAGGGGCAGGCGGUGCUGGAGGAGUAGGUGCAAUAGGAGUCUGGGCACAAUGUUUUCCAUCCGAAUUGACAGAUAUCCGUUCCAACAAGAGCGUCCAGUCCAUUGACAGAUAUUAUUAGAGAAUAUCGCUCGAACAAAAAUAAACAAGAAAUGUCUAGAACUUGUAGAUUAUUGUAAAAAUGGCCCAUGUGUAAGCCAUCUUGGCAAAAAAUGGUAUCCAACUUGGGAGAUUUAUCUAAUUAUGCAACUCAAGGUACUGUGACGGUGUCAACUUCAUUCCACGUAACAAAUAUGAUUUUUGAUGGCAAUUCCGCUGAGGUCAAUGCAUUUAGAGCAAGGUUACCAUUGUAUGUUGAUGAUGGGGGUCCAGUGGGUGGUCUCAUGCUAGCUGGGGUAGAUGAUGAUGAUCACGGGGUUAUGUCUAUAACCACAAUUAGAAAUCUAUUGGAGACAACUAAGCCUAGGCCAUAUUGGAUUGUUGGUGAAAUAGCAUCUCUAGAAAAUGUUGCUGAUUGGUGUUAUUUGGGAUGUACUGAUUGCAACAAGAAAGUACUCCCCGAUGGCGAGAGUUUCAGGUGUUCCGGAUGUCGUAUUACUGUUCCUCAUGGAGUUUACAAGUUCAAAGUUAAUGUUCGUGUUUACGAUUCAACCGGUCAUGCCUCAUUCAUUCUUUGGGACAGAGAAUGCAAGAAUGUCUUGGGUGCAAGCGCCUUCUUAUUGAGAGAGAUUAUGCUAGAGAGAAACAUGGAUCCAAAUUUGCUCACAACCGAAUUGAAUCGCUUCCUUGGACAGAAGUGUUUGUUUAAUGUUCUCUUGAAACCAGAUGUCGGUAGUCCACAUUGGACAGGGCCAAGGGCUUUUGGUGUUAGAUCUUUGGUCACUGACCCGAAGAUCUUGAAAAACUAUGAACAUGUUGCAUUUGUGGAGGACAAGGAAGCCGAGGAAGAAAGUGAAGGUUGGUGGAAUUCACUAGAAGAUUUGAGCCAAAAAGUGAAUGAAGUGAUUGGUACAAGUGAACCGAGUUCAAGCCAGAGCGUGAACACAAGGCCAAGAAAGAUUGAUGAUGUCGAUGAGAAUGACUCCGUGAGAAGAGAAUUAUUUGAUGAACUGGACGGGCAAUCAUCAAAGAAGAAGGCCAAAAUGAUUCACGAGGAUGUGUGAAUGUUUAAGGACGGUUAUGUAACCCCAUUUUGGACAACCCUUUUUGUCUUUUGUUUAAUGUUGUCUUUAUGUUUUUGGGGUUAUGAAAGUGUUUGUUAGUCCAUUGUUGUUUUCUUAUCCUCCACAAUCUCCUUAAGUAUUUUGGAUGUUGAACUCUUAAGUUAGAAGUGUUUUUAUAACACUUUAAGUAUUAUCAAAGCUAUUUGAAAUGCUAUCAUUGGGUCAUAAGAAAAUCACAAAUUUGCAUUCCUUUUGUGUUCUUAUGUUCAAAGUAAAAAUUUACAUGUAUA